AUGCUGAUCCUGACGUGCCCAGCCCAGCUGCAGCGCCUGGAGGGGGCCCUGCGGAGGAGCCUGCCUCUCGCCAUGCCGGUCUACGGGGCUGUGAUGAACAUCAACCGGGGGAAUCCGGGUGAGUUCGAGGUCGUGGUGGACUCAUGGCCCAACUUCAGUGCCGUGCUGGCGCGACGCAGCGGACAGAUGCCAGUGGAUGACUGCUACAGGAGCACACAUGCAGCUUUCUACACGGAUGUGGGCGCCUACCAGGCACUGCUGGAGACCCCCGGCUGCCUGCGCUGGGACACGGCCUUCCAUGUCUUCGGGCUCCAGGAGGGGGUGGCCACAGUGUCACAGGCCAUUGCAGGGACCAAGGGCGUCGAGCUGGAAGUCUCAGAGUACUACACCUACCCACACCCUGACCCCAGCACCAUGCCCGAGCCCCGGCUGGACCCCGCCGUGCGGGUGGGCUCACUGAGCCUGGCACACGUGGAUCUGCUGAACGAGACGUGGACGUAUGGGGGCAACGCGCGCAGCCGGCGGUACCUGGCAGAGGUUCUGGAGCGCUUCCCCAGCAUCUGCCUGCAGGAUGAGACCGGGCAGCCCAUCUCCUGGACCCUGACCGACCCCUUCGGGACAGGGGCCCACGGCUACACCUUGCCCACCCACCGCAACCGCGGCCACAUGCGGGCGGUGCUGGUCCUUGCUGCUCGCCAGGCACAGGCCCGUGGCUUCCCGUUCUUUGGGCACACGGCCACCGGCAACCGGCCCAUGCAGCGGCUGAUGGAGGAGCUGGGCCACCAGCGGCUGCCCGGGCUCUGCCGCUUCAUCCUGCACAACCCUGGCCUGGGCAGGGCUGGACCCUGAGUGUCCCCCCGCCCAGGUUGUCCCCCCUCUGGGCAGGGAAGUCCCCGGGCUGUGGGGUAAGGAAGAAACCGAAACCAAAAUAAAGAGCAGUGUAGACUCUCUGAUGGCUGCUAUAGGGUUGUGCCUCCCUCUGGGUGCCGGUUUUCUCACACCUGGCUCAGCACUGGCCGUUACAGCCGUGACCCAGGCAGCCUGGUGUCACCACUGAGGGACACAGCUGUGUCCCCAGGGAGUCACCCCAUCCCUCUGUGCAGGGACACGCACCACAGCCCUGCCUCUGCUAUUCUCGGCCCCCCCCAGGGAGGGCUGAAAAGCCUCAGGCAAAUCUGCACCGGUGGUGGCACCUGUCGUGUUCCCCCAACCCCGGGAUGGUGUCACCACUGCUGGGGUUGGGGACAGGCAGGCACAGCGCCUGUGGGUCACCAACUGUGUGUCCCAGGAGGAGGGAACGGCUGCACACCGCAGGGGGCAGAGGGGCCAUGGAGCAGCCCCGCCGCAUCACAGACUCCUUCCAGCGGCGGCGGCGGCCGGGGCGACCCCCGGGCAGGGUCAAGGUCAAGGGCUGUCCCCGGGCCCGGCCCCCCGUCGCCCCGCCCGCCGAAGACCCCCCGGC